AUGCUAAAUAGUGAAACCCAUCUUUCCCUAAGGAGUGUAAUAGCCAAGACCGUCAACGCAAUUUCAGAGGUGAAGACAUCAACUACACAAGAUCUUACCUUGGAAGAAAUUCGCACCGCAGCACGUGAGGACCCCUCAUACACAAGACUCCUCCAGAACGUUGCCAAUGGAUUCCCCAGUCACCGCUACGACCUCCACAAUGACAUACUACCCUAUUGGAAAAUAAGGGAGGAAUUAUACACCGAUGAUGACCUUGUAUUGUACGGAGCCCGAAUAGUGGUUCCCUCAGCUAUGCAACGCAAUAUUUUAACACGCCUUCAUGACAGCCAUCGUGGUGUGGAGGCAACUAAGCGUCGGGCUAAACAGACUGUAUAUUGGCCAGGUAUUAAUUCAGAUAUAGCAAAUACGGUCCACGCCUGUGAGCCAUGUCAGAUAAUGCAGCCAAGUCAACAGCAGGAGCCGUGGUUAUGCAACGAGAACCCCUCUCGUCCUUUCGAAUCUGUAUCGGCUGAUUUCUUCAGUGUUGCUGGGAAAUUUUUCCUCGUUGUUGGGAAAUUUUUCCUCGUGUAUGUAGACAGGCUAUCUGGAUGGCCAGUAGUGGUAAAAUUUGGUACUAAUACUACAGCAGAAGCAACGACACAACACUUCAGCCACAUCUUCCGAGACUUAGGUGUUCCUGUAAGGCUAAUGACAGAUGGUGGACCUCAGUUCAUCAGCUCUGAAUUCAAGAAUUUUCUGGGCAGAUGGGGUGUUCAACAUGUGAUGUCCACACCCCACUAUCCCCAAAGCAAUGGCCAUGCUGAGGCAGCUGUAAAGAAGGUCAAACAUUUUAUCCUAAAGGUAGCACCUUCUGGGAAUAUCAACACCGAAGACUUUGACAGAGGAUUGUUGGAGAUACGGAAUACUCCUAACUAUGCUGGCCGUUCUCCAGCACAGAUAUUAUAUGGCCAAGCCCUCCGAUCAUGUGUCCCAGCCCAUGCAUCAUCAUUCAAGCAGGAAUGGCAAGCGAAAGCAGAAGAAUACGACCGUCGUGUAGCAUCAUGUUCUCAAGCAGCUAAAAUACGGUAUGACAGCCAUGUACACCCUUUGGCACCACUUAAGCUUGAUGAUAAUGUCCGGAUUCAAGACCCUAUCUCUAAGCGAUGGGAUAAGACAGGCGUUAUAAUGGGCAUCGGCAAGUCGCGAGACUACUAUGUGAAGUUACCCUCAGGAAGAAUAUUAUGGCGUAACCGCCGUUUCUUAUGCCCUGUACAUCUCCCUAAUUCACAAUUGCGGGAUGAGAUGCAACAGUCUCCAAAGAAGAAGGAUGUAGCCCCGGCUAUAAGUCAACCGCAAAGUGACACUCACCUAGAGUAUCGACGUUCACCUAGACUCCAUACCCGUUCAUAA